GUGGCAAUAAUAGAGGAGUUGGUGGUCGGAUAUGAAACCACAUUAAAGAGCUUUCGAAUGUUCAACCAGAACGAUGACGGUAAAGAGGAACCUCCGACCACGUUGCUCUGGGUACAGUACUUCCUGGCUCAGCAUUACGACAUGAUUGACCAACAGACUCUGGCUCUAGAUUACAUCAACGCCGCCAUUGACAGCACUCCCACGCUCAUCGAGCUCUUCCUCAUCAAAGCCAAGAUUUACAAGCAUGCUGGCAACAUCAAAGAAGCUGCUCAGUGGAUGGACGAGGCCCAGGCUCUGGACACCGCAGACAGAUUCAUCAACUCAAAGUGUGCCAAGUACAUGCUGAAGGCCGGCAUGGUGAAAGAGGCCGAGGAAAUGUGCUCCAAGUUCACUAGGGAGGGAGCGUCAGCAGUGGAGAACCUGAACGAGAUGCAGUGCAUGUGGUUCCAGACAGAGUGUGCACUCGCUUACAAGUCCAUGAACAAGUUUGGGGAUGCCCUCAAGAAAUGCCACGAGAUUGAAAGGCAUUUUGUGGAGAUCACGGACGACCAGUUUGAUUUCCACACCUACUGCAUGCGGAAGAUGACGCUACGCUCUUACGUGGACCUACUGAAGCUGGAGGACGUGCUGCGAAUGCAUCCCUUCUACUACAAGGCUGCCACCAGCGCCAUCCAGAUCUACCUGAGCCUGCACGACAAUCCGCUGACUGACGACAGCAAGGAGUUGCAGGCUGACACCGCUAACCUCUCGGACAAAGAACUGAAGAAGCUGAGGAACAAGCAGCGGAGAGCCCAGAAAAAGGCCCAGCUAGAGGAGGAGAAGAAGAUUGCUGAAAAGGAGAAGCAGCUUAAGAACCAGAAGAAGAAGAAGGAGGAUGAUGAUGAGGAGAUCGGUGGGCCUAAGGAGGAGCUAAUACCUGACAAGCUGGUCAAGGUAGAAAAUCCACUGGAGGAAGCUGUCAAGUUCCUGAUGCCUCUCAAACACCUGGUAAAGGACAAAAUCGACACGCACCUAAUGGCCUUUGAGAUCUACUUCAGGAAAGAAAAAUACCUGCUGAUGCUCCAAUCCGUGAAGAGGGCGUUGGCUAUUGACCCAGACCACCCAUGGUUACAUCAGUGUCUAGUACGCUUCUUUAAAGGAGUGUCUGACAGCACGGAGCUGCCGGAGACGGUCAGGACGGUUCUGAAGCAGGAGAUCACCCGGCUGUUCGGAGACAGCAACGCAACGAGCUUCAACCAGGCUUACCUCACCAAGCACUCAAACUCCAUACCACACCGACUGGCUGCUGCUAAGAUGAUGGUGUAUCUGGACUCAUCAACGGAAACAAAGGCGACAGAGCUGGCCACUGCACUAGAUGAGUCGCUCAACAACAGAACCAUACAGAUCUGCACAGAGGUCCUGGAUUGUCUCCGAGGCGGCCUGCUGGGCGACUGUAAGGAGCAUGCCGAGUCGUACCGUGCAGCGUGUCACAAGCUUUACCCCUACACGUUAGCUUUCACACCUCCCGGGUAUGAGGAGAACACAAAGAUCGCCAACGGGGAUGUCUCCACGGAGACGGAAGAGCUAGCCAACGAGAUGUGAGCAUGCUACAGAUCAACAGCGGAUGACAAAAGGAAUUGGGCCGAGCACUGAGCCUUGUGGUACGCCUGGCAGCCAUUUUGUUAAGAGCCAGUCACAGGAAGCGAAAAUGGGUGUUACAUUCUUUUGGCUCCGCUUAAAUUGGGUCUGGCAUGGCCUGGCUCUCCCACUUGGUGAAAAUCAGGACUGUGUGUGUGUGUGUGUGUGUGUGUGUGUGUGUGUGUGUGUGUGUGUGUGUGUGUGUGUGUGUGUGUGUGUGUGUGUGUUGAGAGCAUGUGUGUGUGUGUUGAGAGCAUGUGUGCGGUUGUGUAUAUUUGUGGGAAAGAGGGGGGGGAAGAGAAAGAUAACAGAAUGGCCAUUUUACUUCUUUUUUUUUUUUUUUUUUUUUUUAAAUAAAGCUGACAACCAAGCUGAGUAGGAAAAUAAACUUUAGUUAUUGGCAAACUGUCUGGAGAAACCGCGAUGGACUGACAUGGACUGCCGGUUUUCCUCGAUGAUCAAUAACGGUUCCCCUUAUUUUAAAAAGGUUAUUUAAAUUUAAAAAGGACACAGCUGUCACUGGGGGACAGGAGACUGAGCUGAGUGGAUCUGAUCUCUGACAGAUCUGUAGGAAGCUGAGCAGGAAGAGUUACUGAGGAACCGAAGUACACACCGAGGACAUCCAGCAACUACACGCCAAUCUGCUGUAACGCUCCAGUAACCGCCGAUCUACAAGUGGCAGUGCAAUGGAGUGAGUGAGGAAGCCUGAUCUCUGCGGAGACCCGGCACAAGGAACGUCACCGCACAUUUUUUUGUUCUGUUUUUUUUAGUCAGACUUUGCUUCCGCUCCUGGUUAAACUUCAGAAAUUGUUCCCUGUCUGUUCAUAUGGAGCACAUCGUAGCACAUAUUUAAAGACUCUUUAGGUUGUGUGGAGUGCUCCUUUUCAAAUACACUGCUGUUCUAACAUUCUAACAAAUUCUGAGAGUUGGAUAGAUCUAAGCAAUACCGUAGACACCUUCCUGUCCAUAAUGGAUCAAAUAAACGUAUUAUUGAUGAUAAUCAUUUGUAGAUCUGGUUGAAGUGAUUCCACUGAGCCUCCUGGCAGUCACUUGUGCUGUUGCUGUUGUCACUGUUAGAAAUGGUUUUAUCUGCAUGCACACAAGGAUUCUAUCAAUUACAGCGGGAACUCUGCUCGUUAAAAUUGCUCCAAGAGGUCAGAGUUCAGCAUCCUGGCCCGUUUCCCAAGGUGACAGAAGUGAACAGGUUACAAGGCAAGUAAACGUAAGAGCAUCUGAAAUGUGUUUUACUUUUCCCCCCCCAAUAAUCUCUUUUUUUCCUCUUUUUCCUAUAAUUUGGGUUCUAAUGUGAAAGAUGAAAUCUGAGAUGGCGAUGUAUGAUAUCUCUGGAUUUUUGUAUUAAAACCAAACGAAAGAAA